GAUAUUGGCGUGAUAUAUAGUGAAUUUGAGCUAAUAGUGUUAACCAUUGUAGGGCAUAUAUAUCUGGACUGUCACCUGAUGGUUACAAAUCCUCUUGAUUAUGUUGAACCUUUGGGAAAAGCUGGUGCUUCUGGUUUAGGGACAUCAAAAGACAACUGGAAAGAACUUAUCCAAAAUAUUAAGUCACACGGCAUGAGGCCGGGUGUAUCUAUAAAGCCUGGAACAUCCGUCGAAGAGGUUUAUCCCCUGGUUGAAGCUGAAAAUCCGGUGGAAAUGGUUCUUGUCAUGACUGUAGAACCAGGAUUUGGAGGACAAAAAUUUAUGCCAGGGAUGAUGGACAAGGUCCGGAUACUGAGGAAGAAGUAUCCAUCACUUGAUAUAGAGGUUGAUGGGGGUUUAGGGCCUUCAACCAUAGACGUGGCUGCAUCAGCGGGAGCGAAUUGCAUUGUUGUUGUAUACCUCACAACUUCAUGUAAUCAAUAUCCUUCAAGACAAAGGCAUAAAAGGGAUGACACAUUCAAUAUCCUUCAGCUGUAACAUAAACCCUUAGUUGAAUAUUGAAGUUUAAAUUUUCAUUUUGAUCUACUAUUAUUAUGCCGUUACCUUGUUUUGUAGACAACACGAUGUAACACAUAUUUGUAGUACUUGAGAUUUUAGAUGUGUCCUACUAUUAUGAUUAUGAUACAUAGAAACAAUUUUAUUUAAUCUAC